AUGGGUGGCCAAGUAUCCAAGAUAAUGGGGAAGAUUUUCGGCACGAAGGAAAUGCGGAUUCUGAUGCUGGGUUUGGAUGCUGCCGGAAAAACCACAAUUCUCUACAAGUUGAAACUCACAAAUCAAGACGUCACCACAAUCCCCACGGUGGGAUUUAACGUCGAGAGCGUUACUUACAAGAAUGUCAAGUUCAAUGUCUGGGAUGUCGGUGGUCAGGACAAGAUCCGACCUCUAUGGAGACACUACUACUCAGGAACCCAAGGCUUGAUUUUCGUCGUUGAUUCUAGCGACACGGCCCGCAUGGAGGAGGCUCGCUCUGAACUGCACAAGAUCAUCAAUGAUCGCGAAAUGAAGGAUGCACUUUUGCUGGUGUUUGCGAACAAGCAGGAUAUCGGAGGCCAUCUGAGCCCCGAGGAGGUUACCAACGCGCUGCAGCUCACAAAAUUGAAGGACAAGCUCUGGUAUGUGGCUCCUAGUGUUGCUACUGAGGGUACUGGUAUUUUCGAAGGACUCGUAAGUUGUCUUCUCAUCCAAAGUUCAAAACAACAUCUAACAACACAGGCCUGGCUUUCCAACAACGUCAAGACCCAGCCGGCGAAAUAA